AUGGGCGAUCCUCAGGUGAAGGAGCUGGAGAAGCGCGUGGCGGAGCUGAUCGCCGAGCGGGACGAGCUCUAUCGCGACAUCGAGACGCUGUGCAUGCAGAGCGACGAUUCCUUCUGGUCGGGAUCCGCCGUGCUGUCGGCGCGCAUCGGCAACGCGGAGCGCGCGCUGAGCGCCAUGGCCGCCGAGAACGACCGGCUCACCGCGCAGCGGGACUCCCUGAGGGAGGACCUGGCCCAGUUCCGGAGUGCCAAGCGCGACUCGGACAAGAUCUCCAAGGACGAGAUGGAGAAGAACCGGGUGCUGGACAGGGAACUGAUGUUCUACAAGAAGCAGUGCGAGCGGGCCCUUGAGGACAGGAACCUGUUUUCGUACGAGGUGGAGGAGCUGAAGCGGGCGAAUUUGGAGCUGGAGCGGGGGUUGGCCGAGGCGAGGGGGCUGGCGGAGACCGAGGCCGCUCAGCGCGCGGACGUGGCGGGCAGGCUGGCCGCCGCGGAGGGCCGCGUGGCGACCCUGGAGGAGCGGCUGGUCGAGGUGGUGCGCAUCCCGGAGCUGGAGGCCCAGCUGGAGGCGUCGCGCAGGGACGGCCAGCGGCAGGCGGAGGCGAUCAGCGCCAUGGAGGUAUCGCCGGGGCCGACGGGGGGCAUUGAAUUGGAUUGGACUGGAUGGAAUGCGUUAGUGCUGCGCUUCGGCGGCGGCAUUGUGUUGGGGAGGGGGGUCACACGGUUUGCCGCGGGUGCAUGGGGGCGCAGGGCAGAGCUGGGAGCGGCCCGAAGGGACCUGGAUGCGGCCAGGGAGGAUGCGGAGGCGGUGCGCGAGGACCGCGAGGCGCUGGCACGGGAGCUGGAGGCCAGCAGGGAGGAGGCCAAGGCGGCGCUCGGCGCGCAGGCGGCCAAGGCCGCGGACAUGGAGAGACAAAUUGAGAGUCUGACGACCCAGCUGGAGAGCGUCAGCACCGAGCUGCAGGAGGCAGACUCUGCAGUGGCAGCAGCGCAGGCCCAGGUGGAGCUCAUCAACGGCGAACGCGAGCAAGAGGUUUGCCACCUGCGGGAGGAGUACAGCUCCACUAUCCAGGACCUAGAGGGCCGCAUCAGCACGACAGAGAGCCUGCUCAACAGACAGGCUGAAGAGCUGCAGGACGUGACACAGGCCAAGGUGGAUGCACUCGUGAGGCUGUCUGAAUGGCAGGCGAAGGCGACCCAUAAUGAACAUCGCCUGGGCGAGCUGGAGUCCAGACUAGCCACCGUGGACAUCAGGGACCCUGACACAAAGGGGGUUACACCAUCCACAAAGAAGGCUGCUGGUGGGCAGGAGGACACAGGGCCCAAGUCAUGGUUCAACUGGCAGCAGGGCAAACAGGCAGCAGGAGCAAACAUGCCCAGGAACGUUGAGACUCAUGUGUGA